AUGCCUCUCCUUUGGCAGCUCGUCCUGGCAGGCUUCAUACUCGCUUUAGCGUAUCUCACAUGGCGGUAUAAAUACUUCCUGAGAGGCAACAGCAAGUUCGGACCUCCUCACUGGCCUGUGCUUGGGGCGAUCCCAGCUCUCUUCUCCAACUUCCCUUAUCUCCUGGAUUGGUCCACGUCACUGCUCGAGGAAUGUCCGUCCAUGACAUACGUGUCUCUGGGUCCCGGCAUGAACGAGGUGAUCACAGCGAAUCCCGAGGUGCUGGAGCACAUCCUCAAGAACAAGUUCAGCAACUACCCCAAGGGACCCGACUUCCAGUCUUCGUUCGGUGACCUGCUGGGCCACGGCAUAUUCAACAGCGAUGGCGAGGCGUGGAAGCAGCAGCGGAAGACAGCUAGCCUUGAGUUCUCCGCGCGAUCCCUUCGCGACCUCAUGAUGGUCUCCAUUCAAGACGAGGUGCAGCUGCGCCUGCUGCCCACCUUGCAGACGGCCUUGGAGUCAGCCGCAUCUAUUGAUAUUCAGGACAUUCUCCUGCGAUACACAUUUGACAACAUCUGUCGCAUCGGCUUUGGGGUGGACCCUGGCUGCCUCGCAGCUGGCCUCCCUGACAUCCCCUUUGCCCGGGCCUUUGACGAUGCCACCAAGGCCACGCAGAUCCGCAACAUUCUCCCAGACUCCAUUCGCAGCCUCUUCAUGUCAUGGGGCAUCGCGCAUGAGAAGAUCCUCAAAGCAUCCGUGCAGGAAAUCGACGAGUUUGCCCACAGGGUGAUAGAGACGCGCAAGGAGCAGCUGGACAGGCUGAGGAAGGGGGGCGCAGAGGCGGAGGCGGAGGGCAGGGAUGAUGUCUCCCUGGGGCACUCCGACAUCCUCUCCAGGAUGAUGAUGCUCCAGAAGGAUGACGGAGGGCAGCUGUACUCGGAGCGCUUCCUCCGCGACGCCUGCACCAACUUCAUCCUAGCUGGCAGGGACACGUCAUCAGUGCUGCUGACGUGGUUCUUCUGGCUGCUGAGCUGGCACCCACACGUGGAGAGCAAGAUAGUGGAGGAGGCGAGGAGCAUCAUUGCUGGCCGUGACGCAGGCGACGAGAGGGAGACGUUCACAUACGACGAGCUGCGCAGCAUGACCUACACACACGCCGCUCUUAAUGAGGCUCUGCGCCUCUACCCCUCCGUGCCUGCUGACACCAAGCACGUGAGUGAAGACGACGUAUUACCAGAUGGAACGCCUGUGAAGAAGGGAUGGAGGGUGAUGUACGCGCUCUACGCCAUGGGCCGCAUGACACGCAUCUGGGGCCCUGAUGCCCGUGAGUACCGCCCGGAGCGGUGGAUUGAUGCCGCGGGUCAGCUCAGAAGCGAGUCGCCCUUCAAGUUCCCUGCAUUCAAUGCCGGCCCAAGGCUCUGCCUCGGCAGGGACUUGGCAUACCUGCAGAUGAAAUCCGUGGCAGCGAGUGUGCUAACAAAAUACCGCCUGAAGCCAGUCCCAGGGCACAAGAUUGAGUACAGUGUGUCUCUUACUUUGUUCAUGAAGAAUGGCCUGUUGAUUAACGUGCAACCUAGAUAG